AACUGCGUGCAGCUCCCACUGCUUCCUCUUUUCUGUCCUGUUUCCCUCCGUGUCUCUCUCUCUCUGUCUCUCUUCUGCCUCUCUUUCUGAAAUCUGCCUUUCUUGCUAGAGGCCUACAUGGCAGCUUGUUGUCUCCGUCACCCUCCACCACGGCUGGACUCUAUUGCCACCUCGUCUGAAGUCUUGCCAGGGACUGACAACUUAUAAAAGCUGAAUUUCCUUCUGGUAGACACCCAUUGAAGCUCUGUACAUGACCCUGCCUUCAGGGAAGAGAAAGUUAGUUCUUCUACCAUGUUGAAAAGAAAGCAGGUUACUGAAGAAGAGGACAGUGAUUAUGAAGCAGGGACAAGUACAGGAAGGGAACGGGCAUCUGACGAGCUUCUCCCUUCUGGUAUCGCUAACAGACCUUUUACCAUGAGCCAUUCCACUCCAGCUACAGCUAAUGGGAACGAUAGCAAAAAAUUUAAAGGAGAUCGCUCUCCCUGUUCCCCUUCACGCGUUAUCCACAUUCGUAAGAUUCCAAAUGAUGUUACAGAAACUGACGUCAUCUCAUUAGGUGUACCCUUCGGAAAAGUUACUAAUCUUUUGAUGCUGAAAAGUAAAAGCCAGGCCUUCUUGGAAAUGGCUUCUGAAGAAGCAGCUAUCACUAUGAUGAAUUACUACACCCCUGUCACUCCUCAUCUCCGCAGUCAGCCUGUCUAUAUUCAGUAUUCUAACCAUAGAGAAUUGAAGACAGACAACUUACCUAAUCAAUCGCGAGCACAGGCUGCUUUGCAAGCUGUGAACACUCACCCGUCUGGUCUGACUCUCACUGGUGGUCCUGGGGGUGAAAGUUUAUUAUUACCAGGCCAAAGUCCUGUACUCAGAAUAAUUGUGGAAAACCUGUUCUAUCCUGUGACUCUGGAAGUUCUGCACCAGAUCUUUUCCAAGUUUGGAACUGUACUGAAGAUUAUCACAUUUACCAAGAACAACCAGUUCCAGGCUCUGCUUCAAUAUGCUGAUCCAAUAAACGCACAUCACGCUAAAGUGGCUCUAGAUGGGCAGAAUAUUUAUAAUGCCUGCUGCACGCUGCGUAUUGAGUUCUCAAAGCUGACAAGCCUUAAUGUCAAAUACAACAACGAUAAGAGCCGAGAUUUCACACGCCUUGACCUGCCUACUGGAGAUGGACAGCCAUCCCUUGAUGCCACAAUGGCAGCUGCUUUUGGUGCUCCAGGAAUAAUUUCCUCACCUUACGCAGGAGCUGCUGGAUUUGCACCCCAUAUUGGCUUCCCUCAGGCAGGGCUGUCAGUUUCAGGUGUGCCAGGAGCUCUUGGACCUCUUGCUCUCACCACUUCUGCUAUCACUGGACGUAUGGCAAUACCUGGCAUGACUAUUUCAGGACACUCCGUUUUGUUAGUCAGUAAUCUAAAUCCCGAUGUUAUCUUACCCCAUGCCCUAUUUAUCUUGUUCGGAGUAUAUGGUGAUGUCCAUCGUGUAAAGAUUCUGUUUAAUAAAAAAGAAAAUGCAUUGGUGCAGAUGGCAGAUGCAACUCAAGCACAGCUUGCUAUGAGCCAUCUAAAUGGACAGAGACUUCACGGAAGGGUACUGCGAAUUACCCUGUCAAAGCACCAGUCUGUACAGCUUCCUCGUGAAGGACAUGAAGACCAAGGCCUAACUAAAGACUAUACAAACAGCCCACUACAUCGCUUCAAAAAACCAGGCUCCAAAAACUUCCAGAAUAUAUUUCCCCCUUCAGCAACGCUGCACCUGUCCAACAUACCGCCUUCAGUUACUGAUGAUGACCUUAAAAGAUUAUUUGCAAGUACUGGAUGUUCAGUCAAGGCUUUUAAAUUCUUCCAGAAAGACAGAAAAAUGGCACUCAUCCAGCUUGGGUCAGUGGAGGAAGCUAUAACUGCUCUGAUAGAUCUGCACAACCAUGAUUUGGGAGACAACCACCAUCUGAGAGUUUCAUUUUCCAAGUCAAUGAUCUAAAUUCCAUCUGCUAUAAAUUUCAUCCCUCAUCAUUAUUUCCUUGUAAAGACUGGACCACGGUUUUGGCAAAAGCCUUCAGACAGAGACUGAAUAUUAGAAGACCAACUCUGCCGCGUUUGUAUCAUUGAAUCUCCACAAGAAGAAGGAACACAUCAUAUGCCUUCUUAGAAACAGACUGAGAAAGUGCAGAAUCCAUAUAAAGCAUAUUGUGCUUGAUAGUGGUGAAAUAUACAAAUUCUGCAUUUUAGAGCAAAAUCUAAAAAAAAUAUAAUUUUGUUGUAUAUUUGCAUAGCCCAGGUGUUCAUUUUCUUUUUGUUCCAAAUUAACUUUACGUAACAUUUUUCUGACAAUCAUCCAGGUUUUUGGAAUCGUACUAGAGACAAGUCUCUGCGUUUUCUUUUCCUCCCUCUUAUUUAUGUGGAGUUUUACUUAUCAGGAAAUUAAAUCCUUUUUUUUUUUUUAUUUAUAGCUAGAGAAUGUUAUAAGUGGCUUUUUUUUUUAUAUAUUUUUUCUGUUCGUGGACAUAUUGAUGGCAAAUAUUCUGCUAUAUGCUGGUAAUAUGGUAAUAUUUGCUGUAAUAAAUUAGACAGUAGACCAAAUUUAUUUUAUGGAAUAUCUUGCCCACGUGAAACCUUUUUUAUUUUAUUUUAUUUUUUAUUAUUAAUAUUAUUAUAUACACAUAUAUAUUUAAAAUAUAUAAUUGUAAUUAAUUUUACCUUAAUCCUGACUAAACCUCUGUAAUGGGGAUUUUUUGUUCUUUCUACUGACACCAAUACAUUUUGGAAAUGACUCUAAAAUUGAAUGUUACUUAAAAGUGGAACUGUACAUGUUCAUAAGCAGUCUGCAUUGUGAAGCAAAUGGCGGCUUGCCUACCAGGAUGUGUUGUGUAAUACGCUUAUUUUGGAACAAAUUGAAAAAGUUCACCGUUACCGAAAUCAACAACUAUUUCUUUUCUGAAAGAAAAAAGUUUACAGUCGUACAUAUUAUUCAGGUCUAUCAUUUGGUUUUGCAGAUUUUUAAGAAAUUAUUUUUGGUAAUAUGUUCAAGAAGACUUAAACCUCAAGGGUUUUUUGUACCACUAUAAUAACUAAAAUCCUACAUCAGAAUUACUGUGUACUUAAUUUACUUAUUAUGUGCCUUAUUAUGUGCUUAAAAUAAAAAAUAGGGUAGAUUUAUUUUUGAUGUAUCUUUUGAAAAUUGUAUUGUGGGUUUGGUGAGAGUUAUUAUUUCCUUAAAAAUUUUCUAGCUUCUGGUGUCUAGUGUGUGUUGUUCCCCCCCCCCCCCCCCAAAACCAUUAAACAGUUUCACUUGUGUUUAGCCUUAGAAAAUAGGUGAUAAGAAUACAAAUAGAUAAAAGCCUUGAAAUCUGUAUACAUUUACAAUGAGGUGGACUGCAUGUAUGUUACAAAUACCUGUUUGCAUCCCAGUUGUUUUUUUUCCCCAAAGUCAUAGAUAGAAGGUUUACCCAUGACAUGGAGAACUUGGGUUUGGCCGCAUGUGUCCCAUGAGCCACGGGUUGGGUAGCACUAAUCUAAUCUAAGACACUUUGCGUGAUGAAAAAUGCACAGAUGUUUAGUGAAUGGCUGGCUGUCUACAACUAUCUGCUUUGUAAGCUUUGUAUUAUUUGUGAGGCUUUUCAACUUUGUUUUCUAUCACAAGUCUGCAGGAAAACCAUAUGUGGUUUCUAGUCCUUUCUACUCCAGUUAUAGUUGUACAGUAUGAAAGCCAAGAUAAUGACUGGCUGGAAAACUGCAAAAAUAAUGCAAUGUUUUGCAUCACUGUGUACUCUCACAAGAAGUGAGGAAACCUCUGUGCUGCUUUAUCAUCUGUUAUUUCUUUUUCGAAAGGUUUUUGUUUAUUUUCAGUUUUAAUGCAUGAAAGCCUGUUAUGAAAAAUACACGUGAAAGUAUCCGCAAGUCUCAAACCUGUUUUUACUGAUAUAUAAUGUAAUGGUUAUAAGGUGUUAAGAAAUCACAGUGAAUACUUUAGGUCUCAUUUAUAAAUACUCUUUAAGAGAAUACCCAAACUUGCUAUUUACCCAUAGCAGCCAAUUCCUGCAACUACUCUGAAAAAAACAUAAGCUACGCUGGGAUUGCUGGCUUUAGAAAACAAGGCUUGGGUUCACUUUGUGCAUUUUUGUAGCAUUUUUAACAUGCAUUUUCCUUUUUAUUAUUUUUGAACACUCGUAUCUAUCACUGAAUUCACUAAACAAAACAGAAAAAUGCAACAACACCGAACAGCAUAAGGCCACAUUCAGGAGGCUGUACAGUAGCACUGAAGAUCUGAGAUCACCUACAAAAAGUAGUAUCUGAUGGAGCUUGCCACAAUUUACAUAUGGAAUCCAUCAGAGAAACAAUUGUACACCACCUUGUGAAAUAGGUAUACAUAAAUGUUAUGUCUUUUUGCGAAACAGAGCCAUAAUAUGGCCUAAGACCUUAAAGAGUUAUAAUAAAUGAGACCGAAUGAUAUCACACCUAGUAAAUUGCUGUAAUCAUUUUUUUAUUAAAGAGGAUAUCCAGGAAUAAAAAACAGCUAUUUUUUCCCAAAACACCACCACACCUGUCCUCAGUUUGUGUGUCGUAUUACAUCUUGUCUCUAUUUACUUCAAGGCAACGAAGCUGCAAUAUCACACACAGCCUGAGGACAGAAGUGGUGGUGUUUUUGGCAGAAACCAACUCUGUUUUCCUAAUCGUGAAUGACCCCUUCAAAUGCUCUGGUGUCACCAGUCUAACUUUUUUCCAGGUUGAUAAAAUAGAUUCCUAGUCUGCAAACUGUUACCACACUCAGUGUAUCUCAGGAUAUAUAUGUGCAUUUUGCUUGAUUUUAUGCAUUUCAACAUGUUAAAAAGAGAAAAACUAAAUAAAGACAAACAUAUCCUCAAGAAUCUCUAAACCGGCGCUGAAUGUCAGCUGCUUCUUUACAAGAAAAUGCAGUGGUAAGAUAUAUAUAAUAGACAAUAUGUGAGGUCUUAGCUGGCCUAAGUACAUUGUAUGAUGCUCUUUGGAUUCUUAACCACCUUUUCCCCAUGUUUUACGUAUCAUAUCUAUGUGUGUGUGUGUGUAUAUAUAUAUAUAUAUAUAUAUAUAUAUAUAUAUAUAUAUAUAUAUA